AUGCAGCUCACCGUCGUAGACGAACUGAUGUCCACCAACUUCAUGCUCGAGGAGGAGCUAAAGGAGAAGGAGAUCGUGAUCCAGGAACAAGAUCGGAUGAUUGCGGAAAUGAGAGCUCGGCUUAGAGCUUAUGAGACAGCUGCUGAAGCGGAAAUAGAGAAGGCUCAGAAGGAGGCCAACGCCAAAGUUGAAUACUUGACGCAGAAGUAUUCGGAACACUUGGAGGAGCUGGAAUCUCAAAUCGAGCUGAUGAACGUCAAGAAGGUAGCUCCAAAAGAUGAAAUGUUCUAUCAUCCGUACUAUGAGACUGAUUCCGAAGAGUCUGACGACGAUGGUCCGGAGCCAACAAGUGAUUUCACGUGCAUCUCCAGUAAACAAUUGAAAGAAUCAUUCGAAUCGAUGUCAGAGUCGUUGAGCAAUGCUGAAAGGAGAGCCGAGCAUAGGGAGUUGGAGCUGAAGAAGCAAAUCGAUUGGACAAAGCGCUUCUUUAUCGAAAACGCUGGAUUACUCGGUCAGAUGAAGUUCAGAGAGACGAUUCCACAGAAGAUUCGAGAGCUGUUGAUGGAGGCGGUGGUGGAUGGAAACAACUUGCAAUGUCGAAUGAUGGAUGUCAAGUUUUUGGAAUCCUUGAUUUGA